AUGCAAAUCCAUACACUUCAAACUCUACAUGAUUAUUGUAAUUACAGUAAUCCAAUCUAUUUUAAAUAAAGAGAACCUUCAACUCCAUAAUUUUAGAAAAAGUAUUUUAUGAGGUUAUAGGAAAAAAAAUAAUUUCGAAUAAAAAGGUCUAAAGCAGACCUUUUAGAUAAAAUUCUUUUAUAAUAGUAAUAGUUAACAUCUUCUUUUAAACCAUGGUCAAUACCUCGAAAUCUUGAAAACUAAGAGGUUAAUCCAAAAAAAGAACAAAAUGAUAUUAGAUUUGUAUCAAUCAAUAAUCUUCGAAUUAGAUGUCUCAUUAAUAAUUCAGCAUAAUCUUAAACUUUUAAAGAGAUAAAUCAAACAAAAUACUCAACUGAUAAAAGAUUAAGAACUUCUCCAGGUUUGAAAAAAUUAGUAAAUAAUCAUAACUAAGCAAAAAUACAUAGUCUCAAUCAUAUAGUAAAUCGAAAUUUAAAGUCAAAUUUAUACUCUUAAAUGGCAUUUAAAUAGAGUUUAGAUGAUAUUUCUCCUUGGUGA